AUGGAUACACUACCUGAUGAAAAAGAACUGACAGACCUGGGGAACUGGCUUUCAGAAGAGAUGUCAGGGCUUGGAGGUAAAGAUUGGAAAGUCCUCUUUAGAGUGGAGGAACUAGGCUGUGGCAGCUUGUUUUCUGCACAGAUGGCCGAGACAACGUUUCCUCCUGUUCUCUGCUGGAGGGUCCGUCCUGGACGCGGAGUUGCAGUUAGCAGGUCCCGCGAAGUUACGCAGCUCAUUGCUUGGCCUGGGGUCACCACCGGAACCUCCUGGAGACCUGCCCUGCGGAGGACGCCCUUCCAGCACAGGAGAGCUCGCCACUUGGGAGCGGCGGCGCCCAGUUGGCGCCCACCCCGGGGCACACUGCAGUCAAUGCCUGGCGGCGACUUCUCGCUUCGCCCUCCGCCUCCCCCAUCGACCCUCUCCGGCCGACCUUUACACCCAACUCGGGCGCGCUGCGAGCCUCGCGUCCUCGCCGUCCACGCGGGGCCCCACCCCUUCCCGGUUCCUGCCCGCGAUCGGGCCGGAGGCGAGGUGAAUGGGAAGAUGGAGAUGGAUGUUGAGGGAGUUUCUCCGCGCCCGGAGCCCAUCCCCCGCUCCCAGGGGGCUGGCGGAGCCUGCCAGGCGCCGCCACAGCCGCCCCAGCCCCAGCCCCAGCCCCAGCCCCAGCCGCAGCCGCAGCAGCAGCAGCAGCAGCUGGCUCAGGAUGAAGUGCCCGGCGAGAGUGCAGGCGCGGAGGACAGCGACGAUCCCGAGGCGAGACCCAACAGCGAGAAAGGAGAGAGCAAGAGAUAUCAUGGACUGAAAGGUGAUGGGUAUCCCAAUGAGCUCACUACAAGAUCUCAAAGAUUCCAAGCCACUGGCUGCUCCCAAGCAUAAAGCCACCCUUCUGGAGAGGCGGCAGGAAGGAAGCCUGGAGGAGGCUCCACUUUUGGCCAGAGGACAGACCACCUUCUCAGGUCUCUGGGGGAACUGCUGAAGGACAGUGAGGGAGAUGUUCCUGGUCCCCAGGACAGAAACACAGCAGCUGGAACCAAGAAGCACCUGGAGUGGGACUCAAGCCAAGCACCCCUUCAGACUGAAGCUCUUUGAGCUGCAUGUGGUUCCUGAUUGGACUGUUUUUGCUUUGCUGCCACCUGCAUAACACUGUUCUGGAUGCUUUUGAAUUAUUGGCUUUCUUUCCUUCCCCCCUCCCCUUGUCUUUUCUUUUUUCUUCUCUUGGCCCUGAGAAUUGUAAGAAAAGAAUUGCUUUAGGAAAGUAUAAUUCUGUUGCUGAAAUUAGCCUUGUUUAUGAACAAAUUCUGUCCCUGAGGAUUUUCUGAAUUGCAAUCCCAGGUUACCUGGUAAAUGGGGCUGCAUGAUUUGAUUUGUGUAGUACUAUUAAAAAUACAUUUUCUUUCUUUCUUUCUCUUUCUUUUCUUCUUUUCUUCUUUUUUUCUUUCUUUUCUUUUCUUUUCUUUUUUUCUUUUCUUUUUCAAGUUUUGGAUCCAGGUAAUGGCCUGAGUCCCAUUUGCUUAGCUACUGAAGUGAUCUCAAUGUGGUAUCGCUUGGAGUUGAAAUAUCAUCAAACAUAUAUUAUACCCGGGGCUCUUGCACGCUAUUUGAUAUAUAUGUUACACUACAAAGAAACACAAACCUUGUAGGUUGAAAUUUAAUUCCUGUCUGAUCCUGCAGUUAGAAUGGUAGAGAAAUUAUAAAUAUCAAAAGUGGCUCCAAGCACCCUGAAUGAAAGCUAAGCAGCAAGUGGAUAGUGCCAUUUUCCAAGGCAAAGCAGGAAUUGGAGAUCAGCUGACCUCGUCAGCAGGGUUGCUCAGGUCUGUCUGUGGAUCUGCUCAUUUUGGAGGAAUCCAAGAACAAGGCCUGCUUCUGUGUUUGGGUUUACGGAAAUUGUGGUGUCUGGCUGAAUGCUCUGUAACUGUGCCUGCCUUGCAAUAAAACACCUUUGGUUGACUCAGCAACAAGGUCUCUGUCAA